CUUUUAUCGGUGCUGCUGGAGGUAGCUGAGCAUAUUUUUGUGAUCUAAAAUAUCAACAACUUCUACUUUGAUGAUGGAAGGUGGAAAGAUUUUACUGUCAGAGGAGUACUGGCUGGAUUUGUGCAACAACACCUCAGUCUGUAACAGCUCUUAUGAUGGCAUUUAUGAGGAUGAAAUUAAUGACCCGGCUGAGACUGUGAAUUUUGAAGCUGUGUUCAUACCAGUUCUGUAUUCUGUGGUGUUAGUUGUUGGUCUACUUGGGAAUGGAUUGCUGUUGGGAAUAUUGACUCAGAGUAGGAAGACCUGGAGUGUGACAGAUAUAUUCAUCCUCCAUCUGGGAGUGGCAGAUAUCCUGAUGCUGGUGACGCUGCCCAUCUGGGCUGUACAGUAUGCCCAAAGUGGUGGAUGGACAUUUGGUACUCCCUUGUGCAUGAUCAGUCGAAGUGUCUUUAUGAUUAACUUCUACUGUGGGAUCCUUCUCCUGGCCUGCAUCAGUCUGGACCGCUACCUGUCCAUCGUCCAUGCUACACAGAUGUACUCAAGAAAGAAGCCUUGGGUUGCCCAGGCCAGCUGCCUGAUGAUGUGGUUCUUUUCACUGCUUCUCUCCAUCAUUGACUGGAUUUUUUUAGAAGAAAUGUUUGAUGAUAGACGAGGCAGAAGAGAGUGUGUUCACAACUAUCGUAAAUUUGAUGUGGACGCAGAAGACUCUUGGAGGCUGGCAUCACGCAUGAUUUAUCUCAUAGUGGGCUUUGUGCUUCCUUCUGGUGUCAUGAUUUUCUGUUACUCCCGCAUCCUGGAUCAACUGAGGUGUGGUGCCCAGAGCCUUCAAAAGCAGAGAGCUUUUAAAGUUAUUGUGGCUGUCGUGGUGGUUUUCUUUAUCUGCUGGACCCCGUACAACAUCACACUCUUAGUGGAAACAAUUCAUUUUGAUAACAACAAAACAGAAACUUAUUCAGGCACAACAUCUCUGGAGAAAGCAAAGACAGUGACCACCUGUAUGGGUAUCAUUCACUGCUGCCUCAAUCCCAUCCUGUAUGCUUUUGUGGGUGUGAAGUUCCGCCGUCAGCUUAUGAGCAUCCUCAGGUCUCUGGGCUGCAAAGUGGCAAGUGCAAAAAUCCAGUCUUUUGUCAGCAACAGGAGAAGCUCCAUUUGGUCCGAGUCUGCCGACACCUCCCACUCCCUUGCUAUCUGAGAAAGACAAAACCAGGGAAAUACAUAAACAUCAGAAUGUACAGUGUGCUUUUGUAUAUUGUUGUGUUAGAUAACAU